UUAAUACUUCCGGUAGCGGCUUCGGGCAACUUCGUGUAACUUCAGCAACUUCCGGUCGUGGCUUCGGGCCACUUCGUGCGGCUUCGGCAACUUCCGGUCGUGGCUUCGGGCCACUUCGGCAGUUUCCGUGGCGGGUUCGGCAGGUUCCGCCGCACGCGCAAUGAAGGAGGCGCUGCAGCUGCUGAGCCGCGUCCCGGGACACCCGGACUCGCGGUGCUGGUUCCUGGCAUGGAGCCCCGGCGGCGGGACACUCGCCUCCUGCGGGGGGGACCGCGCCGUGCGGCUCUGGGGCAGGGACGGGUCCGGCUGGUCGUGCCAGGCAGUGCUGGACGACGGGCACCAGCGCACGGUGCGCAGGGUGGCGUGGUCACCCUGCGGCUCCUACCUGGCCUCCGCCAGCUUUGAUGCCACCACCUGCAUCUGGAAGAGGCAGGAGGAUGGCUUUGAGUGUGUCACCACGCUGGAAGGGCACGAGAAUGAGGUGAAGUCGGUGGCCUGGGCUCCCUCUGGCAACCUGCUGGCCACCUGCAGCCGGGACAAGAGCGUCUGGGUCUGGGAAGUGGAUGAGGAGGAGGAGUAUGAGUGCGUCAGUGUCCUCAACUCCCACACGCAGGAUGUCAAGCAUGUGGUCUGGCACCCAAACCAGGAGCUCUUGGCCUCAGCCAGCUACGAUGACACGGUGAAGCUCUACCAUGAAGAGGAGGAUGACUGGGUGUGCUGUGCCACGCUUGAGGGCCAUGAGUCGACCGUAUGGAGCGUGGCCUUCAACUGUAACGGUGAGCGCUUGGCUUCCUGCAGCGAUGACAAGACUGUGCGCAUCUGGCGCCAGUACAAGCCAGGCAACGAGGAAGGGGUGGCCUGCAGCGGCACCGAUCCCACCUGGAAGUGUGUCUGCACCCUCUCCGGGUACCACACGCGGACAAUCUACGACGUGGCCUGGUGCCACCUCACCGGGGCACUGGCGACGGCCUGCGGCGAUGAUGCCAUCCGCAUCUUCGAGGAGGGCACGUCCUCGGACCUGCAGCAGCCCACCUUCAGCCUUGCCGCCCACGUGCCCCGGGCACACUCGCAGGACGUCAACUGCGUGGCCUGGAACCCCAAGGAGCCGGGCUUGUUGGCGUCCUGCAGUGACGACGGCGAGAUCGCCUUUUGGAAAUACCAGCGCCCCGAGGUGUGCUGAGAGGUUCAGUCCUUUUCCGUGUCCCCCUGCCAGCACCGGGACCCUUUGGCGCUGCCACUGGCACAAAGCCCCGUGCUGGUGCGGAGAGCAGGGCAGGGCCGGCGGUGCCCAACCUCCUGUGCCCCACAUGUUGGACUCCUGCGCACCCAGGACCACAAGGCUCCCUCUGGCUGGCCCAGGGAUGCACAUGGGAUCCAGCUGGUGGUGGGAGACUGGGCAGUCUUUGUUCCCCCUCCUCCUGCCCCUCGCUCAAGAAACCUGUGCUGUCUUCGACAAA